AGUUGGCAAAUCAUAGAAAAGCUAAUUGUGACAUCUUUAUCGAUAUUAGUACGGUAUAUUACAUCAAUUGUGGUUAGGGUUUCGCAAGAGCCACCGAGAGAUCUAACAUUCGACUCGACCGCUGACAGUUGAUUAAUUGGCCGGCAAUCAAAUGAGUCUCACUGAGUUUGCGAUGGCAUAUUUCACUGAACUUGGUAGAUCUAUAAGAAGAUUGAGGAUGGAAGAAGAAUAGGGAUGUGACAUGAGACUAAGAUGGCUAAAAUGACAUUUUUUUGAAUUGUUGGAUGUAAAUCCCUCGAAUGCAUGAGCGGAAAGAGGAAAACAUGAAUACUGCAAGUUGAAGAGUUGGCUUCUCUUAUUAAAGACAACCUUCCUUGUAAGCAUCUCAUUCUGUCCAUGGAAGAGGCUCUGAUAAAUUUCCUUCAGGAUGAUACAAGAUUAGAUGGGGUGCUUGAACUGGAACCGAUGAACAGUUAUAACCGCCUACUUGUACAUCGUCUUGCUGACAUCUUUGGAUUUUCUCAUCAUUCAGUUGGUGAAGGAGAUGAGCGACACUUAAUUUUGGAGCGUUGCUUAGAGACAUCAAUGCCUUCCAUCCUAGUGAGUGAUCUGCUAUGGCAGUAUGAUGACUUGCAAUCUCCUACGAAUAUUGAAGUAUUAAGACGGAAAGAAGUUCAACCAGCGAUUCAUGCAGGCGAAAGUCAAAACUCGGGGACUGAAUCCUCACAUGAGAGGAAAACAACUCCUUUUACUUCCAGGGAAAGGAUCUUUUUGGCAGAUGAACGUGAGACAGGACUGGUAAAACAGAGGCCACAAUAUGAUCCUAAGGUUGCUCGACGUAUGAUAACGCAUGCUCUUGGCCAAAGAAUCAAGUCAACUAAUCAUGAACCUAGCUUAAGGGAUAAUAAAAAGUAUGGACACCCCGUGAAAGAUGUGAGAGUCCAACCAGAGGAGGAAGGGGCCAUCAAAUCAAGCAGUCACACAGAGACAGAAGUCCCAUCUACCACAUAUCCAGAGCCUGCUAGGUUCAAUGUACACGAGCAAAGGAGUCAAAGAACAUCUUUUAAGACAAAUUUAUCUGCUGACGAAAGAGAGGAGAGUAACAUUCAAAAUGACUCUUCAGGAAAAGAGCUAAUGGGAGCUGCAAAGAGAUUGUUUGCUAAUGCCUUGGGGAUUCAUCAAAGAGAGGGUAACCCAUCUAAGUGCAAUGAAACAAGGCAAACCAAACUAACUUGAGGAUGAUUUAAUGGGAUUUCAACAAGUAACUGCCAUCUGAUUGUUGAGUGACUCUACGGUGGUGGCGUUCUGUCUAUAAGAUUUUUCGACGGAAAUAAGCUUCGGUAGCUUUUUGUCCAUUCUGAGUUACCAAAUUGGAAUAUUCCUGUGGAACUACAUUAAGGAUGGAUUUGGCAGACCAGUGGCUUCUCCACUUAUUGAUCCUGGGACUAACAGUGAUGGUAUUUGUAAGUCGAAUCUUAGGUCAUUUUAAGUCUUGUAUGAUAAUGUCUCUCUGCCCACCCUCCAAUUUAUCACACUGCAUCUUUUCUUCCUUCUGCGGUAGUUUUAGAGCACGAGUUCAGUGUCAGGUCUACUACACAUGCUCUUUUGCCUUGUGUUACUAUUUGUUUUAGGAGCGAUCUUUCAAACAAAUGUAUGUGGUAAAUUCUGCAAUAUGUAUAAUAUUUGUUUUAAAGUGGCCUUUUCAAUGUAUAUGAUAAUUCUAUGUAAUUGUAUGUUGUGAACAUAGAAGUUAAACUCGAUGGUUUCA